GGGUCCAGCGACCCGCGCGCGCGGUUCCAGAUCACGGGGACGAAGCGCCUGAAGUGCAAAUCGAAGACGAUCAAGAAGUCGCUGGACCCGUCCUGGCGCGAGACGUUCUCCCUCGAGCUGCCGGAGGGCGAGUACAUGGAGGGCGAGACGAAGAUCGACUUCGGCGCCAACGGGCCCAUUUUGGAGGUCACGAUCGAGGACGUCGACGAGCUCACGAGCGCGGACUUCAUGGGCGAGCUCAACAUCCCCCUGGAGCCCCUGAAGAAGCAGCGCACGCGCGCCUGGCACCCGCUCCAGGCCGACGCCGAGGGCAAGCACAAGAGCUCGAACGUCUGCGGCGAGCUGCGCUUGGCCUUGGUCCAGGGCCGGGGCCUCGCCAUCAAAGACAAGAAUCUCCUAUCCAAGGGCGGGAGCAGCGACCCCUUCGUCAAGUUCGAGGUGACGGGCGGCGACUACGCCGCGAAGCCGUUCAAGUCGUCGAUCAAGAAGAAGACGCUGCAGCCCGUCUGGCGCGAGAUCUUCCAGGUGCCGCUCAAGCAGGACGCCGAGCAGGACAACCCCGUCGUCGAUGUCACGGUGUACGACCACGACGAGGUGUCGUCGCCGGAUUUCAUGGGCCGG